AUGCCGAAACAAACUGCGUCUGCUUCGGGGGCUCCUCCCCACGAGGCCCCCGAGGGUGAUACAGCAGCAGCAGCAGAAGCAGCAGCUGAGCAUAGUGAUGCAGCAGCCGCUGCAGCAGAACCAGCAGCAGCAGGAAAGCAGCAGCAGCAGGGAAAGAGCCGCAAGGUCCGCUUUCAGAAGAAUGACCCAAACACCUUUACCUUCAAGUUGCUGCCUGUGUCUCAGCAGCAGCUGCGGGAGCAAGCAGCAGCAGCAGCAGCACAUCAGAGACCUCGCAUGCAGCUGCAGCGAGUUAUACCCCCCAAUGCCAGAAAUAAGCCGCAGCAGCCGCUUCCCGAGUACCUGCAGCAGCAACUCGAGAAGCUGGAUAUAGGAGAGGAGGAGACAGGAACAUUCGUUUGA